CCGCCCGGAAGAGACAUGAGUAACCACCAAAUCAGUGAAAUAAAACUCCAGGAAUACUAUAAAGUGUCCCUGGAGCUGGUCAAGCAAUGUGGUCCCCUGUUCCUGGAGGGUUUUCUGAAGCCCAAAACUGAUUACGAUGUGAAGUCAGCUUUCUAUGACCUGGUCACCGUCUACGACCAACAGAUCGAAGCCACUCUCACGGCUGGUCUGCUCAAGGCCUUCCCCGAGUCCCGCAUCAUUGGCGAAGAAGCGCUGGAUGGAUCGCUGGAUCAAGCCGAGCUAACCGAUGACCCCACCUGGAUCAUAGACCCCAUCGAUGGAACCAACAAUUUCGUACGCAAAAUUCCCCACUGUUGCAUCUCCGUGGGCCUGGCCAUCAACAAGGAGCUGAUGGCGGGCAUCAUCUACAAUCCGGCGACCAAUGAAUUGUACUCAUCGCGCAAGGGUCAGGGAGCCUUCUUGAAUGGCCAACCCAUCAGCGUAGCCUCGAAGGUAGUCACGAUCCAACAGGCUGUUGUGGGCUAUGAAAUGUCGCUAAUCGUUGUGGCUAAGGGGCGGGACCAGAACGUGAAGCGUCUCUUCAAGCUGGGAUCGAAUGCCACUGCCAUUCGAAGUUUGGGCAGUGCAGCUCUGACGCUCUGCUAUAUAGCCACCGGACGUUGUGAUGCCUAUCAUGUGGAGAAUCUGAAGCCCUGGGAUCUGGCCGCUGGGGCCAUAAUCCUCACCGAAGCGGGUGGCAGGAUCUACCACACCAGUGGCGGCAAAUUCGAGGUGAUGCAACCGGACUGUGUCUGCGCCUGCACCGAAGAGUUGGCCCAGAACGUGAUCCAGUUGAUAAAGGAGGCCGAUCGGAUUACGGAAUAUACGUUCCAGUGAGCAUACUGCAAUAAAGUGUACACAAAAGAUGA